UGUACGCUACGCUAUGCAGUUACAUAAAAAUAUAAAAUGUAUUGGCGAUUGGCGUUCGCUUUUUACAAAUUUUUUUUCCUGCUAUGAGACUGUCCGUUUAUGUUUGAAUAUUAUUCAUAUCCCUCCCAUAAAUUAUUUACAUGCCAUACCUACAAGCGUAUCAAUCGAAAUAUUUUUUUGCCAGAGUAUGAAAAAAGACAUUACGACAUCCGAAGGUCAACCACAUAAGUGGUCCUGCUCGUUGCCACUUCAAUAAUUCAUGUUCCUGUGUAUUUAGGUAUUCAAACUAUUAUUAUGUUAUUUAUUUCUCUAUAAUUACAUAUUAAUAUAGAAAAUAUGAGUCUCGUGGACAUUGUUGGCAAGUGUGCUGCUAUAGCAACUAUUGGAACAUUCUUUGCUCCUGUUCUUAUAUGUCGAGAUAUAAUAAAAAAUAAAAACACCAAGAAUAUUGAUCCUACACCUUUUGUUGGAGGUAUGGCUAUGUCCAUACUUAUGAUCAAAAAUGGAUUACUCAUGAAUGAUCCUAAUAUUAUACCAGUCAAUAUUUUUGGAUUUAUAUUAAACUUUAUUUAUUUUUUAGUUUUUUAUUUUUAUACUGCUGAUUCGAAACCAUUAUUUUCAAUGUUAACUAAAGCUACAUUAUUCACUGGUGUAUUAUGGGGGUACUCGACAAUUGAAGAUGAAAAACUAAUUGAAUAUCGUUUUGGAGUUAUUCUCACAGUAUUAAUGUUGACACUUAUCGGGGCUCCUUUAUUUUCUUUGAAUGAUAUCAUUAAAAAUAAAGAUGCAUCAAUGCUACCUUUUCCAAUGAUUUCUUCUGGAGCUUUUGUUGGAUUCUUGUGGUUAAUAUAUGGGUUGUUAAUAGACAAUAUAUUUAUCAAGGUUCAAAAUAUAGUUGCUGUCAUAUUGUGUUUGAUACAAUUAGGAUUAAUAUUCAAGUAUCCUAAAACAGAAAGCAAGAAACGUGAUUAAUUAACAUAGUUACCAAUUUAUUGUAGAAUUUAUUUGUGUACUGUGAUUAUCUUAUGCCUCCUUUAAUAUUAUAUUUAUAUAAUAUCCAUACAUUUCCAUUAUUUUGAGUGCUAUUUUCUGUACUUAUUUAAUUAUCGACAGGCUUCGGAUUAUUCUUAAAUUCCAAAAUGUGAUAGUCAAAGUAAUAGAUAUUAAUUAUGUGCAAUUUUUUGUUUUAAAUAUAAUUAUACAAAAUACAAAUAAUCAAAAUCAUUCCAA